UCGCAUUCGUUAGUUUGGUUGGCGGUUUUGUCACAUUCGUAUAGGAACGUUACAGAAUCAAGGAAAAAUGUUUUUGGUACGAUGUGGAGCAAGUAAGUUCUGAACAACUCCUUCAUUACACCUUACAGAAUUAGACUUGACAAAGCAACAGAGAUCUUCACUAACCAACUCCGUCAACUUUCUUUUAUGCAUCUUCUAUAUAUAUAUGUAUACACAAGUAACAGCUUCCACAUUACAUAACACAAAAAAAAAAUCUCCUUCUCCAGACCUUUGAAAAGAGUACCUUCCAUAUCCAUUGUGAUGGACUCAAAGAAAGAGGAUGCAGCUUCUGCACCUACGAGCCCAGAAUCUAGGAGGACCAGGAGCAAUGGCAAAGGGAAAACCAUUGCUGAGGCUGCUCCCCCUGCUGUAACUGUAGUUUCCACAAAAGCUACCCCAUCCCCAAGGGGGAGAUGGAGAAAGGGUGCCGCAAUCCUGGAUUUCAUCCUUAGGCUCGGAGCCAUUAGUUCUGCUAUAGGUGCUGCUGCCGUCAUGGGGAACAAUGAACAGAUACUUCCAUUCUUCACCCAGUUCUUUCAGUUUCAUGUUCAAUGGGAUGAUUUUCCAAUGUUUCAGUUUUUUGUAUUUGCAAAUGGAGCAGCAGCUGUAUUCCUCAUCCUCUCAUUGCCAUUUUCAAUUGUCUGCAUGGUUCGGCCUUUUGUAGUAGGGCCAAGGCUUCUACUGGUGAUCAUAGACAUAUUUACAAUGGCUUUGGUCAUGGCAGCUGCUUCGGCUGCUGCAGCUGUUGUGUACUUAGCGCACAAUGGGAGCCAAGAUGCCAAUUGGAUCGCCAUUUGUCAGCAGUACACUGACUUCUGUAAGGUCACUAGUGAAGCUGUGGUGGCUUCUUUCGUUGCUGCGGUUUUCUUAAUUUUCUUGAUCGUGCUCUCCUCUGUGGCUCUCAAAAGGCGUUGAAAAGAGAAUUUGGAUGGUAAUGGUGGUGCUUCAUAGAAGCUUCUAUUGUAUUUGUAUAAUAUUAUUGUAAAGUUGCAAGAGUUUGAGGUGUAAAUGAUGUGUGUCUGUGUUACAUUAAAGUGAAAAAUCAUGUUCAAGUUUGUUUGUAAAACAAAUUCCACGUUGCAAAUCUGAGACCAAGGUUAAAAAGUC